AUGGUAUUAUCCAGCGGAGGGCACAUGAAAAGACGGGCAUCAUCAUCGCUUCCACGUUUAAGACGAAUCAUCGACGCCAUCAGCUCACGUGGCAGGGUUCAACUCUUAACGCCUGAAGAGCAACGCAAGCGGAAGAUGAGCGCGCUACGCGCCGAUGGAGUUCCAGGAAACUUCGUUCGCUUGCUUGAUGACAUUAAUCAACGAAUAACUGCUGCAGUUCGAACACCAGCUCGAUGUACAACACCGUUUGUGGUGGUCACUGGGGUAAGACAAGGGGCAAUGGCAGGACCCUUCCUGUUCAACUUUGUUAUCGACGACAUCAUGCUAAGAGCAGUAGUUCACUUUCCUGCCGAUCUCGAGCACGCCGAUGUUGUUAUAUUCGCAGAAAGCGCUACGAAACGCUACGAAACGAGACGGACAACCAAUUAA